GCCUGCCGUGCGCCCCGCAGCGUGAGGCUGUAAGCGCCGAGGCGGAGGCCGUUUUGGCCGUUCUCCGUAAUCUGCAGCGGGUAGCAGGUGCCGGGCGCACGGCAGCGCUUCUGGGAAGCUUGUGGACGUGCCCGGACUUUUCCGGAAGCGACCCCAGCCCCGCACCCCAGGCCGCAGCGCCCGCAGCCGGCAGGCAGGAGGAGCCAGGACUCGGAGGUAGGGCCCGGGCCAGAGCCAGCCCCGUCUCGGAGCGCCUGCGCGCCUGCGCGGGGGGGGGGGGAGGCGGUGUGCGCUCCAUUCCUGCCCGGAUCCACUGAAAACACUCUCCGGCCGGACGCCGCCUCCGGCUCGGCCCUCGCUCCCUUCCUAGUUUCUUCCCUCCCUCGUCCCCCCCUUCUCCCUCGCUUGUUCCCUCCUUUCUCGCUGGCGCGCUCCCUCCUCCCUCGCUCGCUAGUCUCGGCGCUCGGUCGGCAGCGGGAACCCGGCGGGAGCCGGGCGGGACGUCGGCGGGGACGGGAGGAGGAGGUAAGGCGCCCCCGGGCCUUUGGGGGUCUUUUCCCGGCCGAGCGGGCGCUAGGCCUCAGGCGGCGGCGGGCGGCGCGGGCCGAAGGCCGGGCCGGGGGCGGGGCGCUGCGGCCUCGGGCCGUGGCUGGCUGGUUCCCGGAGGAUCCUCACUAACCCCUGCAGCCCCCUCCCCCUCCCUCGGCGGGAUCGCGGCCCUGCGGGAAGUUCGGAGCAAAACUGCGGCCCUUACGCGGCCAGGUGCAAGAGUGCUAAAAUAUUAUUAAAACCACAACUAGGAUGGACAGUUAUUUUAAAGCUGCUGUCAAUGACUUGGACAAACUCCUUGAUGAUUUUGAACAGAGCACAGAUGAACAUGAUCAUUACCAUAUGGCAGAAAAUUCAUAUAAUUCCAACUACUGUUCAGUUUCUUCAGAACUGCCUUCCUCAGAACCAGUUCCUCCAGCACCCAAAGAUCAACAAUAUUUUAGUAGUGGAACCACCUCAGAAAUACUCUGUAGAACAAAUCAGGCUGCAACAAAUGGAAAAAAACUUGGAGGAUUAACAUCUUCAAUACAAAAUGAAAAAAAUGUAACAGGACUUGAUCUUCUUUCAACUGUGGAUGGUAGCUCUUCAGAUGAAAUUCAGCCUUCAAGCCUGGGACGAUGUGGUAUUCCAGUCUGUGAUCUUAUCAGUGACAUGGGUAAUUUGGUUCAUGUAACAAGUAGUCAUGAAGAUAUUCAGACGUUGCCAUCAGAUAAUUUCCAAACCAAUACAGAAUCACUGAUUGGCUUAGAUUUGUCUGUUUUGCCAGCUACUAUUUGUGCUUCAUCAGAAGACCAUGGUUAUGGUGUCAUUUCCGAUGAACAAAAUGAUGAAGGGAAUUCUGUAAUACAAAAACUAGAAAAUGUUGCAACCAAAGAAUUGAGUUUAAAAAUAGAUACUGCAUUUUUAAAGUCAUAUGAUCAUAAUAGAACAGACACUUUAGAAGAUAAAAAGAUAAAUGAUCAACUAGAACAAACUCACAGCCUUAACUCUGUAUAUGCCUUGACACAACAGAAUCCCAAAACAGUUGAUUCCAAAGACAAAAAACACAACUUGCCUUGUGAGUUGUUUAAAGAUGAUAAAUCCUUAGUUAGACAGGAGGUAAUUGUGACAGGCAGAAAUCAGACAACAGAGUCCAAGGAAAUAGACAGCAUGAGUGUUGCCUGUGACCUUCCAAAAAAUGAAGGCUUAUGCACAAAUGACUCAAAUACAAGAGAUGAAAAGUAUCACUUACCUGAUUCCUCCUUUCAGGAGGAUAGGAUUUCUUUACUUAGAAAACUACCUGCAGAAGAAAAUUCAUGCAGUUUAGACCUUAGAAGUAACAGUGAUAUGAUCCAUGAUGUCUCUUCAACUUUACAUAUUUCUAGUAAAGAAGUAGAAUCCUCAUUGUCCUGCCUUCCAAUAUCUGUGUCUAUGUGUGGCUCACUAAUUGAAAAUGAAGAUAAAAGUGAUAUUUUGCCUCAGAAGGAACAAGCUGAUAGCACAGCGCAAGAUGUCAUAACUGUACAUGAAGAAAUACCCAAGAGUAUUGUUUUAGAUGAACCGUUUAAAGACACUGAACCCUCUAAACAAGAUGAACAUACAAAUAUAAUUGACCAAAUGUUUGUUGAAAAUCCGGCAGGUGGAAAGUUGGAUCUUGGCCAGAUGAUUAGCAGAACUGAGCCUUCUGAACACCAUUAUACUGAUUUUUCUAUUGCAACAGACUCCAAAAUAGAACAUUCUGAUAAUGAUAUUCUGUCAUUUCGUGAUCAUCGUGAAGGUAACACUUUUUCAAGUAGUAGUGGUAUUAGGCAGGAAUUAGAUUACUUUCAUAUUGAUGAAGACUUAACAAGCGACACUCUAAUUAGUGAUGCUGAACUUGAUGCCUUUCUAACUGAACAGUAUCUUCAGACCACUAGUGUUCAGUCCUUGGAAGAAAAUGCAGAUGUGAACACUCACUUGAAUGAAAUGAAUGUGAAAGACUUAGAUAGUGAAAAGACUAAUAAUAUGUAUUUAAACAAUAAGGACGUAGUAAAGAGUGGAGUUUCUCAUAUUACUAGUAUUUGUGGAGCAGUUGAUAAGCAGUGUACAUCAGAGGAUGGUGGUCUGUCUUUAGGAGAAAAAGAAAAGCCUGAGGUUGUUAAUGAAAUGUCUGGCUCAGAUAUUAAUAGUCAGAUGGCCCAUGCUGGAGGAGCCAGACCUAAGCAAUUACUUAACUUUUCAGCAAGAACAACUAGUCCAAAGGAUCCAAGUAAACCUAAAGUACAAAAUGUAGCAGAAAUGGAACCCAGUGUAGCAAAUUCAGUCUCCUCCAAAGCUUGUUCUGUGGACAUUGCAUCUGAACUUAACAUAAGCUACAAUGUUGAUACUGAAAAUAGUUUGGAAGCUGGAGACACUUGCACUAUAACAAACAAAGACCCUGUUCCUUUAGCUGAAAAGACAUGUAGAGAAGGCGUGGUUUUAGGGCAAAAGCAGCCUUCCUGGGUUCCUGAUUCAGAAGCUCCAAACUGUAUGAACUGCCAAGUCAAAUUUACUUUUACAAAAAGGCGCCACCACUGCCGAGCAUGUGGAAAAGUAUUUUGUGGUGUCUGUUGUAGCAGGAAGUGCAAACUCCAGUAUUUGGAAAAAGAAGCAAGAGUCUGUAUUGUCUGCUAUGAGUCUAUUAGUAGAGCACAGGCAUUUGAAAGAAUGAUGAGUCCAACUGGUUCCACUACUAAAUCCACUAUUUCCUCUGAAUGUGCCACAGUCCAGACUUCUCAGGAUAACCAGAUGUCUAGUGCACCUAACACCCCAUCACCAUCAGCUUUACCUACCUCAGCACUUAAACAACCAAGUAUUGAAGGUCUGUGUUCCAGAGAACAGAGGAGAGUAUGGUUUGCAGAUGGUAUUUUGCCCAAUGGUGAAGUUGCAGAUACAACAAAAUUAUCUUCUGGAGGCAAAAAGUAUUCUCAGGACAUGAGUCCUGUCUUACCUGAUGUGCACAUGAUUGUGAACGCAGUGGAUCAUCAUCCUUCCCUGGAAGUGGAAAAGUCCAAAGAUGAAAUAGCAGAUACUGCAAGACAAGAGAAAUUACAAAGUCCUCUUUCUGUAGUCCCGUCUGUAGAAGAAUUGCCCAUUAAUGCUGUAACUGAGAUGUUACAGAGUUCUCUUUCUUCUUUUGUAUCUGACAGUGAAACACCCAUUACUACAACAGUUGAGAAAUCGAGUUCUGUUUCAGGUGUUCCAGCAUAUGACAAUUUAUCUACUGGUAGUUCCUCAGAUUAUAGAUUGCUGUGUGGUAUUGAUAAAUGUGUUAGGAAAGAUAUCAACCUUAUACAUAAUGAUGAGGAUGGCUUGCCCCCUCUCCUUGUUGCAGCUGGAGAAAGAGGAGAAGAUCCUGUAGUAGAAGAAUGUCCAUCUCAGGAGCAAGUCAUUUCACUCCUUGAACAUGGAGGAUCUAGUCCAGUUACAUUUAUCCUAAAUGCCAAUCUUCUUGUAAAUGUCAAGUUAGUAAUUUAUUCUUCGGAAAAAUAUUGGUACUUCUCAACUAAUGGACUACAUGGUUUGGGUCAGGCAGAGAUUUUUGUUCUUUUGUUCUAUUUGCCACAUGAUGAUAGAAUUCCUAAAGACAUCUUCACUCUAUUUCUCAACAUUUAUAAAGAUGCAGUAAAAGGAAAAUACAUAGAAAACUUGGAUAGUAUUACCUUUGCUGAAAGUUUUCUCAAUAGCAAGGAUCAUGGAGGAUUCCUAUUUGUUACACCUACUUUUCAGAAACUCGAUGAUCUCCCAUUACCAAGUAGCCCUUUUCUUUGUGGAAUUCUCAUCCAGAAGCUGGAGAUUCCUUGGGCAAAAGUUUUUCCAAUUCGCUUAAUGUUGCGAUUGGGAGCAGAGUACGGAGUAUAUCCCACACCUUUAACAAGUAUCAGAUGUCGAAAACCUCUUUUUGGAGAAAUAGGACACACUAUUAUGAACUUACUUGUUGACCUCCGAAAUUAUCAGUACACUUUGCAUAAUAUAGAACAGCUGUUGAUUCACAUGGAAAUGGGUAAAAGCUGCAUAAAAAUACCUCGAAAAAGAUACAGUGAUGUGAUGAAAGUUAUAAAUUCUUCCAAUGAGCAUGUCAUAAGCAUUGGAGCUAGUUUUAGUAUAGAAGCUGAUUCUCAUCUAGUCUGUGUUCAGAAUGAUGGAGUUUAUCAAACACAAGCCAACAGUGCAACUGGCCAUCCUAGAAAAGUGACUGGUGCAAGUUUUGUGGUAUUCAAUGGAGCUCUAAAAACAUCUUCAGGAUUUCUUGCUAAAUCUAGCAUAGUUGAAGAUGGUUUAAUGGUACAGAUAACUCCAGAGACAAUGGAAGGCUUACGGCUAGCUCUAAGAGACCAAAAAGACUUUAAAAUUACAUGUGGGAAAGUAGAUGCAGUGGACUCAAGAGAAUAUGUGGAUAUCUGCUGGGUAGAUACUGAUGAAAAAGGAAACAAAGGUGUUAUUAGUGCAAUAGAUGGAAAAUCAUUGGAAGGGAUUCCAAGUGAAAAAAUACAACAGGAAGCAGAUUUUGAAACUGAUGAGAAACUUGUAAAAUGUACUGAGGUAUUCCAUUUCUUAAAGGAUCAGGACUUUACAAUAUCAGGAAGUCGUUACCAGUUUGCCAAAGAGAUAGCAAUAGCUGGCAGUGCUGCACUUUGUUCUCAUCUUAAAACUCUAAAAAGUAAUGGAAUGAAUAAGAUAGGACUCAGAGUUUCCAUUGAUACAGAUAUGGUUGAAUUUCAGGCAGGAUCUGGUGGCCAACUUCUUCCUCAACAUUACUUAAAUGAUCUUGAUAGUGCUCUAAUUCCAGUGAUUCAUGGUGGGACCGCCAAUUCGACUGUUUUACCAUUGGAGAUAGAAUUAGUGUUUUUCCUUAUAGAAAAUCUAUUUUAGCAAAAAUAAGUGCUAAUAUGCAUUAUAAACUGAUUUGUUAGAAUUAACUUCAGCACCAAAGCUGUAAUGAUAAGACACUAAAGUAGAUGUUUGAUAUUAAAUAUUUGAGCUUAGCAUUUAUGAUAAGAUUAAAGGUUUAAAAAUCUUAGCACAGUAUAGAUAACCCAAAAGUUUCAGGUAUCCACAAUUUCUGAAACUUUUAAAAAAGGUCAGUCUUUUGUCUUUGGGAAAUCUGCAACAUUUACUGUGCUGGUUUUAAUGCUAAGCCAAAGUAUCUGCAAUUAGCUAUACCUCUUUAUCUCCACAACUGUUUUAAUGAAAAUUCUUAAUAAAUGUCACCUAAAUCAGGAACAUCUUUUGCAUAUAUGCAAAUAAAGAUACCCCCAUUUACAGUUUGUAUAUCAGUGGCAUAGAACUGUUUUCAUACCCCAGAGAGUGUAUAAGUACAAUAAGAUUGCUGAUUUGUAUUAUGAGCAUCAGCUGACUCUGUACUUAAACUCUGGAGUAUUUGGCUAAUAUGGAUUUUGCCUUUUUUCUUCUCCAGAUUUAGUAUCUGGGUUUUUCCUGAUUAAAUAUACAUAAAUCAAAUGAUUGUAGGUGCUUUAGAAACUUGUGCUUCUAAAUGUAAGUGUAUUGUUUUUUUAUAGAGAAAAUGACUCGUCUGUGUUUUAUAACUGUAUCUUUAAUAAUUUAUAAAUGAGUGAUAUUUUUAUACCAUAGUGAUUUCUUCUCCCUCUUACAACCCUUUACAGUAUAUCAUAUAUUUACAACUCCCUUGAAUGAUUGACGAUAGGCCAGACAGAUGACCCUUGAAGUAGUCAUUAUGUAGCAAUAAAUGAAGCAUAAAGCAAGGUUUUUUUUUUUUUUUUCCUUUUUCAUUAAUCCUUGAAAUCUAUUUAGCAGCCCUGUUUUACUUUCAGGGAAAACUAUUAAUGUCAAUUUUCAUGAACUACUUUAGGAUAAUUGAAAUUCUUUUUCUACUACUUAUUUUUGAUAAUGGGGUAUUAACAGAAGUUAAACUCUAUUUAUGUAUUUGCAUUACAAACAAAAUCUGUGCCUGAAUAUAAAGGUUCAGUGAAUCCCCCCUCCCCCCAUCAGGUAUGACAAUUAACUGUUACAUAGUUUCCCUCUUUGCUACAAAUAGAAAAAAAAUAGUAGUGAAGAAGCAAAGGGUGCAUUUCAAUUAGUGCUAACAACAGGUUAUGGAAACCUAAUCAUUAUUUAGAUGCCUUUUUGAUUCUCAUGUGGGAUAUUUAUAUGUUUUUGUAUCAAAAACACUCCUUAUGUAUAGAUCAAGAAACAUCACACUAACCCUAUUUUAAGAAAUAUACAAAGUAACAACUUGAAUACACACAGGUCAGAGUUAUAACUCAGGAUCCAAAGUCUCAGGAUAGAAGAGAUUGGGGAUAUUGGUAAAUAAAAACAUCCAGUUUCUGUUGAACUACACCUCUAAUAAUUAGUCUAAGACAGCAGUGGUACAGAAUAACCACUCUUCUGAAGUAGCUAAUUUAGGAGGUGUAAAUAUUGUUAAAUUUGCAGAUAUUUAGUGAAAUGGCAGUGUAAUAACUUGUGAAGUAUACUGUAACUGUAUAAUAUAAAAGCAAUUUGUUAUUAAAUUGGAUUUGUUUCUUUUUUUUUAGUUCACAUUAAAAUUUGACAUGAAAAUGACUGCACAUUCUAAAAAAUAAUUAACAUUCUCUACAGUCAAGUAAUCCAAAAAUAAACAGUUGUAGGUGCCUUUCCCAUGAAGUUGAUACAUUCAUACUUAAUUUGCAUUUCAGACUAUAUUUGAAGAAUCUUUUAAUUAUCUUCAUGCAUUUAUCUUUCUGUAGAAUUUUCUGGUAAUGUUUUUCUGGAUUGAUACUUGUUAAUUCAUCAAGAUUUGAGUUUGUAUUUUUAAGUGAAGAGAGAAGCUUAUUUUGUCUAAACAUCUUUAUAAGUGUUUUUUGCUUCCCUACUAUAUUACAAAAGUACUUUGGGGUUUCUGAAUGUUGAGGUGAGAGCUACACAACUGUAGGCAAAACCCAUUUAUCUCAUAGUUUACAUUUUCUGAGCACAUUUGUGCUGGAUAGAAUGAAAACCACCAAGUAUACAAAGGAAAAGGCCAGAAGACGACCGGGAGUGGGAGUGGGAGUGGGAGUGGGAGUGGGUGAGUAUGUGUGAAAAAUCAAAAAACAACUGAAUUUUUUUGUUUGUUUUUGGUUUUUUAAAGAAAGCAGUUUAUAGGUGAACAGUUUGGAAAUUUCAUAUCAUGAAUUAAAUUUGAAAGCUGAAUUAAAAGGUUUCAUUAAUAUACACUUUUAACAAAAUAUAUAUUUUCAAUGACAUGAAAUUUAUUCUCUAAAAUUAAUAUUUGGUAACUGAAUUUAAUAACACCAGAAUACUAAAUGUUAUAAUUGUGGUAAUAACUUAUGAAAAUUGUCAUUUUAAGUGCCUGAAUAAUGCUGAAUUGUGUUGCAGAGUAGGUAAACAAAUUUCUAGCAGUUAAAAUUUAAGUUGAAGACAUGUUUUUCCCAUUCUCUUAAGUGUUUUGCUAAUUAGAAUUAAUAAAGUAUAUUAAGCUAGUUGCAAGGUUAUUUUUUAAAAGCUCUAUCUACAACUUUCUUUUUUUAUAUCAGUCAUUGCUAAUGAAAACAAAGUUGCCAAAUUAGUUUUAAUUCUGUCAAAUAUUUUGUACUGAGCCUAAAACCAGUAUUUAAAUGUUCCCUUUUUUAAACUUUUACUCUGGGCUUUGACUUCUACUAUAACCUUUCUAUGGUUAGUGUUUUCAUGCAUACUUCACAGAUGAAGAAAAUAAUUUUUGCUUUUAAUAAGGUAGGAUAUUAUUUAAAAAUGUACCAGUUUAGCCAAAAGUAGAGAUGUUAUUGUAACCAUCAACAAAUAUAUCUUCAUUUUGGCCUUUAUGUUACCCAUGUGUCCUUGGGCAAAUUAUUUUUCUGAAAUUCUGGCUUUCAUUCUGUAAAAUAGCUAAGGCCUAUGAGUCCAACUGGGCUAUAGGGAAUCAACUGAGUUUUAACACUUAUGGAGGUGAUUUGAAAACAGUAAGACAAGAUAAAAUAGAACUAAAAUUUAGAAAAGUAAAGUCAGUGGAACAGUUUAGAGGAACAAAUAAUAUCCAUAGUAUUUUGACAGCACUGCAAAAUGAAUCAUGAGGAUGAAUUCAACAAAAAAUAUUACCAUUUUCUUAUGGGAGUUUAGAUGUGACCAUUGAGGCCUGAGUCUUUUUGAAAGAAUGACUUUAAGAAAUGGGUGAAAGUAGAAUUAGGCUUUGAAGAAAAACCUAGGAAACAAAAAACUGGAAGCAACUUAAGUAUUCAAAAUUUUUUAAAAAGCAGUUUUGGGGUUGAAUUGCUGGGAGUAAAGAAAGUGGUGUUCUCAAUAGUUACAGAGAAGUUUGGAAGAGGGGAAGGUUUGGAGGGAAAGUUGUGAGUUUAGUUUUGGACAUGUUUAAUUUAAGUUAAACUGGGACAACCAGUUCAAGAUAUCUAAUCAGCAACAGGAGAUUCAGAAGAUGAGGUCAGCAGAGAGGUUAGGACUAGAUAAGUAAAUAUUAGAAUCAUGGUAGAGAUGACAGUUGAAUCCAUGGGAGCUGAUGAGAGCACUCAGAAUACACAAUAAUAAAGCUGAUGGUAUUUAAUUUUCUUGGCUAAAAUGGAGAUUUCAGUGUGAAGAUCAAAUCUGAAGAUAUGUCAAAGAACUUAUAAAAGUAUAAAAGGGUAUAUAGUUAGUUGUAUUUUGAUACAGUGUGGUUGGACUUUAUGCCUUCCAUCUUCAUGACUUGUGAUGGUUUUUUAAAAAGUAUCAACUGGUGGUUAACGUGUGAUGAUAUACUAUGCCUAAAAAGAAAGAUAUCAGUGAAUGGAAUGGCAAAUGAAUUGUUCAUGAAGACUCUCUAGCUUGUGAAACCUGUUACAAUGGUGUGUGCUGACAAAACCUUGUUUUUUUUUUGGUUGCAACAUAAGGCAAUAGAAUGACUUAUUGGAAUGGUCAAGUUAUAUAACUUCAGCUUCAGGUUCUCUGUAAGAUAGAGACAAUUUGCUUCAAUAAACAUUUAUUAAGCUUUGAUGAUGUAUAAAAACACCGUUGAAUGGUAGGUUUAUAGACAAGAAAAAUCUUAAAAUAUACAGAUAAAUAAGUAAAUAUAAAGUAAUUUGAUAAAGAAGAGAGUUCUAACAUUUUGGAGAAGGCAUGUGGAUUUGAGUCUUGAAGAAAGUUAAAAUAUUCAGAGCAAAGGUGUGGAGGUAGGGAUUUCCUGUUGAAGGAAACUUGAAAAGCAAACAUCUUGGCAGAGAUUUUGUGACACAAGAACAAAAUAGUAGGUUACUAUCAAUAAAGUUUUCUGUGUUGGA